AUGCCAGUGUGUAGGAUACUUGGAGGAACUUUCACACCAGCAGCUGAGUUCACCUUCCAUACCGCCGCAGUGAAGUGGUUCUCUUAUAGCUUCGCAAUCAAUGGGAACAAGCUGAAGACGGUUGAUGAGAAUGCAAGUCCGCUUCAUCAGAGCUCUGGGAACAAGGCUCGGGUAUCAGUACAGGAGACCCCAAUCCACACCGUGGAGGAACUCUUCAACAUCCAACCACCCUUUUUGCAGCAGGCUUAUCAAGACCUCAACUUUCUGCGAGGGCUGGUUAACGGCGAUACAGACUGUCCUGACCUGCUGGGAGCUGUACUUGAAGAAAAGAAAAUGACACUUGAUGGUUAUGAGAAGAUCAGGACAGUUGGAAAGGGGGCUUUCGGCACUGCAGUACUUUACCGAAGAUUGACAUCUGAUCUGUUAGUAGUGAUCAAGGAAAUCAACAUGCUGGAACUCAGCACAACUGAGAGACAGAUGGCCCUCAACGAGGUACAGGUGCUGUCUUCUCUAAGUCAUCCCAACAUCAUCCGUUAUCUUGGCAGUUUUGAAGUGGACGGAUUACUUAUGAUAGAGAUGGAGUACGCAGAUGGUGGUACACUCGCUCAACUAAUCACCCGUUCAUCUCAACUCUCAGAGCUCAAAGUACUCACUCUAUUCAUACAGUGUGUGGCCGCCAUAAAAUACAUGCACCAAAAUAACAUUUUGCAUAGGGAUUUAAAGACAGCAAAUGUAUUUCUAACAAAACAGAACAUAAUCAAAGUCGGAGAUUUUGGCAUUUCUAAAGUGAUGUCAACCAAGGGUCAGGCUCAGACAGUGUUAGGCACACCUUACUACAUCAGCCCAGAGAUGUGUGAGGGAAAGCAAUACGACCACAAGUCAGAUAUUUGGGCCCUCGGCUGUAUAUUGUAUGAAAUGGCUUGCUUACAAAAAACUUUUCAAGGGAAUAAUUUGCCUGUUCUAGUUAAUAAAAUUAUGAAAGGAACAUACGACCCUGUACCUAAUGUGUACUCAGAGGGAUUAAGAAAUUUAGUAAUGCAUUUACUCCAGAAAGAACCUAAUGCAAGACCAACUACUACUGAGGUAUACAGUCGAGUCAGUAACCUUCUGGAACAAGCUCGAAAAAAUGCAGUGUCUGUAGUGGACCAAACACAUAUCAGAUCAAUUCUGUACCAGUUAUCAGGCAGUGGAACCACAUUUUCUUGUGUUCCCUUGCCAUUGCCACCCACACUCCAUAUUGUGCAAGUAGCAGUAAGUGACACUCAUUACAUCGCCGUGUCUGCAGACAUGAGAGUUUACACGUGGGGAGAAGGUAAAAGAGGUCAGUUGGGUCACACCAAUUCUCCUUUGUGGCUUCAGCAACCGACACUUGUUAGAACACUAACUGACAGAAAAAUAACAGCUGUAGGAGCAGGGGAUGGGUUUAGUUUGUUUCUGAGUGACUCAGGUGUGCUCAUGACUUGUGGUGAUGGAACAUUUGGAUGUCUCGGUAAUGGAGAUUGGAGCAGCACGUCUAGACCUCAACUGGUAGACAGUCUACUCAACAAGGAGGUGACACAAAUAUCUUGUGGGGACCAUCACUGUGCUGCUGUCACGAGAGAUGGACUAGGCACUGGAAAUGAGCAUAACUACUGUGUCCCAUCCAGAGUGACAGUACCUACAACAGUCCGCAGGGUCAUUUGUGGCCCUGACUGUACUGCCAUCAUCUCUAAUACUGGAGCUGUUUAUGUGUGUGGGAGCAACUCUCACAACAAGCUGGGCCUCUCAAAUAAGUGGCAGAUUUUUGAAACUAUGGGCAACAACUCUGAAGCUCAAGUAGGACACAUGGCUGGAAAACCUCAUGUCAUGACAGCAGUACAGGACAAGAUAGCAAAUCUUGUGGAGUGUGGGCCGACCUACACAGUGAUGGCUACCAUUCAUAAUGCUUUGUACUUUUGGGGCACUCGUUACCUCGGUGCAGCAACAUUGUCACAUCGUGUUCAAAACCCAGAAGAGAUGCUGGCUUUGUAUGCAUCACCUACACAGAUAGAGCAAGGAGAGGUGGUGACUGUGGCAGGCAUCUACACACUUUGGGAUACUAUCUUGCUUCUGGUCAACACCACAAUGCCUCUCGCCACCACAGGGGAAUGUGGACACUAG